AUGACCACAGUGAGCCAAACAGAGCCAAACUUGAUCAAGACGGAAACCACCGACAACGACUAUGCGAGCGACAUCAAGCUGCUUGCAGGCCUGCUUAGUCGCCUUGGAAUUGACUCUUCUCCUUCAUCAGACCGUGAUCUGGUGACAACUGUAGCAACAACGAAGCAGAAUAAGAUUCUCAGCACAGCGUUGGCAACCUCCCAAGGGUCUGACAUGAUGAAGAUGAUAUCGCCUAUGGCAAUUGAUGACGACCUCGUUAAGUUGUCUCAAAGUGUGGAAAAUGAAGAUCUCCCCAGAGGGUUCCCCGCGAUUAAGUAUGUGGAGGACUUAGAGGAAUGGGAACAGGACGGGUUGGCGGCAAUCAUGAAACGAGAAUCGUCGUUGGUGUCGGGUGGUAUUUUCUACCACGAUGCCAAUUACAGCACGGCCCUGCAAAUGGCGGCGUUGAUCGCUCACCACCGGCCUAACGAUGACGACGCUUGUGGCACUACACUCAUCAUCACCUCGUUGUCCAAAAUCCCUCAAUGGGAGUGUCAUUUUGAACGGAGCUGCUAUCUGGAGGACGAUUUCGACGUCAAGGUGUAUCAGGGUACUCACAGACACACACUGUUCUCAGCGCUCUCGAAGCAUGAUGUUGUCAUCACUCUGUACGGCAUCCUCGUGCUGGACUACCAGCAACACUUUGCCGCCACCGACCCGUCAGAUGGCAUGCCGGGAUCCAAAGAAAAGCCCUACCGGCUGCCGUUAUUUGGCCCUCGCAAGGUGUACCAUCGCAUCAUUGUUGACGAUGGUCAGCAAAUCUACAAGAUGACGACACUCCAGCUGCAGGCAGUGGCGGUGUUGCGAGCUCGUCAUCGUAUAUGCCUAUUGAGCAAACCGGUGAUCCGCCGUGCCAGCGACUUGUACCCCUACGUGCGGUUUCUCGGGAUUGCCCCUUAUAACGAUAAGGCGAACUUCGACACCGAUAUCUCGCGGCCGUUGCGGUACACCAGCUUGAAACGACUUGAGGAAUUGAGGGCGCUGUUCACUCGGCUCGUGACGUUAUUGAAAAUCAUCUAUGUGAAAAAUGUAGAGAAUCCAAAUAGUGAGAACGCCUCUGAUGCCGAAGAUGAAGAAGAGGCGAACACAAGCGAACUGGAAGCCGAAGAUGAGGUGAAAGUAAAGGAGGAAACACCCAGCCAGGAAUUAGUAAAGGAGGAAACACCCAGCCAGGAGUUACCAGCCAAGCUACCGUCACCACCCAGUAGCCCACGGAGGGCUUCUUCACCCCUGCUAAGCGAUCCGUGGAACUCUGCUCUGCAGGCGCACUUGGUGAUCGUGCCUCGCGGUUGGCUCGUACCACCGCUGCCGGCGUCGACGAGUGUUAGCGAUGAUAAACCUGUAAUGCCAUCUAGUCCGGUGAAAGCCUCUGAUGCUGAAAGCGAUGCUGAAAGCGAUGAUGCAGAAACUAGCGUCGUUUCCAAUUCUAUUGAAUGA